AUGGCUGGGCACACCACUACCUUCUUCCUGCUGCUCGUUCUGCUGGGCGCAUCACUCGCGGAUGCCUCCCAGGAGGAUCAGCUCAGGAAGUUCAUCUUGUCCAAGUCCGAGAAGAGGCUAGCUUCACGGGCCCGUAAUGCAAACACACCUGAGGGACCUGACUCAUGGGCCGACGCCAGCAGCUUCAGCCACCUGCCCACGCGAUGCCCGAGCCCGCCGGUGGGCGCCAAGGCGGCCGACAAGAUCACCGCGCUGCCCGGCCAGCCCCCGCGGGUCAACUUCGACCAGUACUCCGGCUACGUCACCGUGAGCGAGAAGUACGGCCGGGAGCUCUUUUACUACUUCGUCGAGGCCCCCUACGAGGCGGCCUCCAAGCCGCUCCUCCUCUGGCUCAACGGUGGGCCCGGGUGCUCGUCGCUGGGGUACGGCGCCAUGACGGAGCUCGGCCCGUUCCGAGUGAACCCCGACGGCAAGACCCUGAGCGGGAACAAGCAUGCCUGGAACAACCUGGCCAACGUGAUCUUCUUGGAGUCGCCGGCCGGCGUGGGGUUCUCCCACGCGAGCAACAACCCGAACAAUAACAACAACGUUGGCGACCCGAGGACCGCCGAGGACGCGUUCCUCUUCCUGCUCCACUGGCUGGAGCGGUUCCCCGAGUACAAGGGCCGCGACUUCUACAUCGCCGGAGAGAGCUACGGGGGCCACUACGUGCCGCAGCUAGCCACCGUGAUCGAAUACAUGAACGAGCUCUACGGCGGCACUCUCAUAAACCUCCGCGGCAUCUUGGUCGGCAAUCCAUACCUCGACAAUUACAAGAACGACGAGGGGAGCCUCGAGUUCUUAUGGAACCACGGGGUGAUCUCCGACGAGGGGUGGGCCAAUAUCCGUGAAAACUGCACCUUCACCCCGAAAGACGACUGGCAGUGCUUCGUGGCGUCGCGCAAGCCCCGGACAGGCAACAUCGAUCUCCACAACAUAUACGCCCCGAUCUGCCUUAAGUCUAAACGCGACGGCACGUACCACUCGUCCGGCUACCUGGCUGGCUACGAUCCGUGCAUCGACCACUACGUCCUUGCUUACCUCAACAAUGGCGAGGUGCAACAAGCUCUGCACGCCCGGGCCAACACAAGUUGGACAGCUUGCAGUGGGGAUAUGGAUGAUGUGUGCCCCAUUACCGCGACGAGGUACUCCGUCAAGGAUCUCAACCUACCCAUCACGAAGCCAUGGCGCCCUUGGUACACCCCGGACAGCGAGGUCGGAGGCUAUGUUCAGCAGUACAAGGGAGGCUUCACGUUUGCAUCGGUCAGGGGUGCUGGCCAUCUGGUUCCUAGUUACCAGCCAAAGAGAGCGCUUGUUCUUCUCUACUCUUUCCUCAAGGGCGUGCUCCCACCAGCUGACAUCCCAAACUAA